GUAAAUCCACGGUCUAAAUCUUUAAAAAAAAAACUGCAACUAUCAAAUCUUCAAUAACUAUGUGGACGGUAAUUUCGAUUCGGUGUUGGCACUUAUAAAUAAAAGCUUAAACUAGAACUACAUAAUAGUGGUACCUCAUUUGGUAGUUAACUCUGCACGCAUGGGUUCCCUUGGCAUAUGUCUGUCAGUACUCUUCGGUUUCGUUUUGCUUACAUGGGAUUCAACGGUGAUCAUCCAAACAAAUGCAAUGCCACCACCAUCGCCAGUGAAAUGCGACAGAAAUGGCUGCACACUCUACAAUGCAUACGGUGUUUGGGACGAUAGGAGGGACUGUCGGGCUCAAAGAGUAGUUUUCCCUGAAACAGAAGAAGAAUUACUAUUAGCUGUUGCUCAAGCAAAUAAGAAGAAACUGAAAGUUAAAAUUGUGACAGGAUUCUCUCACAGUAUACCAAAACUGGCAUGCCCACUUCGGAAUUCAUCAAUACUUAUAAGUACUGCAAAAUAUAACUCAGGCAUAGAAAUUGAUGUUAACAAUAUGACUGUUACAGUUGAUUCAGGUGUAGGUUUACGAAGUUUGAUCGAUAAAGUCGAAGAAGCUGGGUUGAGUUUAGUCGUUUCUCCGUACUGGGAGGGAUUGAGUAUUGGAGGAAUUGUAAGUACUGGAGCUCAUGGAAGUUCAUGGUGGGGAAAAGGAGGGGCAGUUCAUGAUCAUAUUGUUGGCAUUAGUGUCAUUGUUGCUGCAAACGAGUCGGACAGUUACGCAAAAAUUAUUCAACUUGAUGCUCAAAAUCCUCUCUUUAAUGCGGCAAGAAUAUCUCUUGGGAUGUUGGGUGCAAUCUCAAAGGUAAAGAUCUCGCUGGAAGCUGGAUUCAAAAGAAGCAUUACAAACGUAUACCAGAAUGACACCAAUUUGGAGGAUGAAGUCAUGGAUCUUGCAGUUGCACAUGAAUUUGCAGAUAUCACUUGGUAUCCUUCCUUUCGUACUACAGUAUACAGGAAGGAUGAUAGAGUUCCCUCGAACACUUCGGGUAAUGGAAUCAAUGACUUCAUAGGCUUUCAACCUACUCCUAUCUUCCUUUCUGAAUCUACCAGGUCUGCAGAAGAAAAUGUGGAGAAGACACGAGAUAUUGAAGAGCAGUGCGAAUUGGCAUCUACACUUGUAGGAUACAAGAAAUCAUUAGCCAAUGGUUUGAAAAACGACGGAGUUAGUUUCACUGGAUACCCAGUCGUGGGUCGUCAAGGAAGAAUGCAGGCUUCCGGUUCUUGUUUAUAUUCACCAAAAUUGACCCAAAGUACAUGUGUAUGGGAUCGAAGAAUCAAAGGAUUGUUUUUCUAUGAAUCAGGAGCUGUAUUUCCAGCUUCAAAUUUUGGAGACUUCAUUCGAGACGUAAAAAAACUAAGAGAUCUUAAGCCAAGCAACUUUUGUGGCCUAGACAUGUACAUCGGCUUUUUAAUGCGUUUUAUCAAGGCUUCCGAAGCAUAUUUAGGCCACCCUGAGGAUUCCAUUGCAGUUGAUUUCACUUACUAUCGGGCCAAUGAUCCCUCAACUCCAAGAAUGAAUCAAGAUAUUUUGGAAGAAAUAGAACAACUGGCCUUCUUUAAGUACAGUGCAAAACCUCAUUGGGCUAAAAAUAGAAACCUUGCAUUCUUUGGUGUGAAAGAGAAAUAUCCUAAGUUCAGUAAGUUUCUUGAAGCAAAGAAGGUGUUGGAUCCUGGAAACAUGUUUUCUACUGACCUGUUGGAUGAGAUAGUUUUCGGGAUAGAAUCCGCAAAUGCUGCGGGAUGUGCAAUGGAAGGACAAUGCAUCUGUUCUGAAGAUAAGCACUGUAAUCCUAGGCUGGGAUAUUUAUGCCAACCAGGCCUUGUAUAUACUGCAGCUAAAGUUUGCAGGCCUUCAGUUUAGUUUCCUCACAUGGCCAUACCAAUUCUUGGCACCAGUAAUUUAGUCAUUGUUCAAUAAUCCUUUAUAAGCUAUUACUACCGCUGCGAUUCUUGUAA